UCUGAACCAACUGAACCUUACCUCCUGUCGCUCCCUCGCACUCUUGUCUUUCUCGUCUGCGUCGUCUUUCAGACCCCCGCGAACGCUCGUUGGUUAGAACGUCCUGUCCUGUCAACUGCUGACGAUUGCUGAGGCGUCCCUGCUCGUCGUCCCACAACCCGUGACUCUUCUGCUCCUCGCGACGUGGUUAUCCCGUCUAGGCCUCUAAUAGAGUAAAUGAAAUAGGCUUACUUCUGAGUCGACUCAAAAGUCACCUCGUAUUUGCGGCGUAAUUAUCCCGACUAGGCCUCUAGCAGAGCGAUGGAAUAGGCUGGUAUCUCACCGUCGUGUGUAACCUUUCCCCGCUCCUACUCGUUAGCUGCGAGGUCCCUUACCAUGGCAAUCACGCAUUUGAUCGAGCAGCAGCCGCUGCAGACUAGCAGGGUGGCGCUAAACGACGUGAAAAAGAGCCUCCUAGUGGCACUCGGGAAGCUCAACGACCGCGACACGCAGCAGAACGCGGUGGCGGAUCUGCAGAACAUCGUCGAGUUCCUGCCGCCCGAAGGCAUCCCCGUCUUCCUCUCCUGCCUCUAUGAGACCGACAGCACUCACCGCACCUUCGUGCGGAAAGAAUGCCUCAGGCAGUUCGCCAUCCUUGCGAUGACUUUCGGCCCGCUCCUGUCGCCGCACCUCCCCAAGAUCGUCGCAGCCGUCGUCCGUCGCCUGCGCGACCCCGAGUCCACCUUGAUCGACUCGUGCGCAGAAGCCAUGGCGACACUCGUCCAGCACGUGCCACCACCUCCCCAUGAUACAGUUCCCGGAGCUAUCCCCGUCGGUGGGUUCGGCGCUAUGGGCGUUUACGUUCGGCCGCUGCUCGACACGCUCGGCGAGCAGAGCCGAAACUCGCAGGCAGGUGCAGCGAUCUGCCUCGACCGCGUUUUCCGGGCUGCCCGGGAGAAAAUGGAGCCGAGCGCGGCGCGCGUGCUGAUGCGCGCCAAUGGGAUGCUCUCGCGGCAGGGGUUCCAAGCGAAGGCGCAAUUGCUUGGGGCCGUAGCGAGCCUUGCUGAGGUGUGCGGGGAGUCCAUGGGCGCGCAAGUGCCCGUGCUGGUGUCCGCCGCGACCGCCGCGGUGGUUUCCGCGGACUGGGCGACGCGCAAGGCGGCGGUGGACCUGCUGGGGCAGCUCGCGAUGAACCUGCCGGCGGAGUUCCUGGGAGAGAGCCGCGCUGGGGUUAUGAAGGCCCUGGACCAGUGCAAAGGGGAUAAGGUGAAGAAUGUCCGCGAUUCUCUGGCCCAAGCCAAGCAGGCGUGGGCGUGUGUGGAGUGGGAUGAACCACCCCCAGCGGGUCAGCACCAGGUGUUGUCAAUGCCAACAUCGUCAGCAGGAGAAACAGCGGAACAAGCGCCGUCGAUCUCCUCUGCUGGUGGUGCAGCGAGCAACACACCAGGAAGGCGCAACAGCCUCUCACCUGCUGCAGCAGAGAAAGACAGAAGCAUUGGCAGUCGGUCGAUGAAGCUCCAAGGCCGCUCGUCCUCGCUUGUAGCUGACCCGUUUCAAGGUACUCGAGAGGCACCAGACGCAGCAGUGACAACACCAGCAGCAGAAGCAGCGACCAGUGUGACCCCUGCUGUGAAGCGUGGCGGAGUGGGGGGGAUUUUGGCUCGCACGCUUAGUGGGCUGGGUCGAGCUCGAGUCAAGGAAGCAACAGCGGCAGCAGCAGCAGCAAGUGCAGCCGCAGCAGGAGAAGAGGGAGGGCGGAAAGGAGGGGAAGGAGGAGGGGAAGGAGGAGCGGGAGGAGUUGGAGGGUUGAAAAAGGCGGGAAUAGGUUCUCAUGCAUGGGCCCCAGACCUGUCUCAGGCUAAAUCCGGGGAAGCUUCUAACGCGGAUAAUGCAGCAGGAGGGAAGGCUGGUCGGCCUAAGUUUGAGCGGCAGCCGCUGCGAGGGAACCCCCUGUUUUUCAAAAAGGCAGGCGCCGGGGGUAAAACUGGGGGAGGCGAUGACUGGUCCGUUGAAGUCAUGGUUCCUAAAUCGAAGGGUGGGGCUGGGGGGGAGACAGGUGACAGUAACGGGGGGGAGGGUAGUGGAGGGAAGAAGGGAGAGGAAGGGAGGGGAGACGGCAGGCAGGGGGGAGGAGCAGGGGUAAGUGCGCACGAAAAUCGGGUGCAGCCAAAUGGUGUGAAGGCGAGGAGACACUCUGUUUCUGGGAUUGCUGCUAUGAAGGCUGCCGCAACUGUAGGGAAAGGAAGGGAGGGGGCAGGGGGAGGAGGGAAAGGCGGAGCAGCGGCGGAUUGGAAUGUGGAAAUUCUGGUGCCGAAGGGACGCGGUGGGUGGAAUACGGCGAGUGGAGAGGCAGAAGAGAAGAAGGAGAUGCAUGGAGGAGGGGAGACGAGGGAGGAGGGUGGAGAAGGGGCGGGUGGGAAGGGGAAGGAGUGGGAGGUGGAGGUGUUUGUGCCUGAGGGGAGGGGUGGACUGGAAAAGGCUGAACUGGAAGAGGGGAAGGAAGCGCAAAGGGAGAACCAACAGCAGCAGCAGCAGCAGCAGCAUCAGCACCAGCAGCAGCAGUACCAGCAGUACAAGCACCAGCAGGAGCAGCAGUACCAGCAGCAGCACCAGCAGCAGCAGCAGCAGCAGCAGCAGCAGCAGCAGCAGCAGCAGCAGCAGCAGCAGAAGCAGCAGGAAGCGGAGAAGGAACUGCAGCAGCAGGGGAAUGAAGAGCUGAAGUGGGAGCAGGAGGCAGGAGAGGAGAAUGGCUUUCGUGGCGGGUAUAAGGGUGAGGAGGGAAGAGGGGAGGGCGGUUUGGAUAGAAUGGAUGGCGAUAUCUCUUUUGGGGAUGGGAUGGGGAGAGAUAUGCGGAUGGAGGCGGGGGGGAAGGAUGGGGAGCGUGGCGGGCUGUUGAAGGGAGGAACACGAGGUGCAGGGAGGUACGGCGAGGAGAGAGAGGAGGAGGAAGAGGACGAAAGAGGGGAAUGGGAUAGGAACGAGAAAGAGGGGGGAAGAAAGAUUGGGUAUGAAGGGGAGACUCAAAGCGCAGAAAACGGCGCUUAUGGCUCUAGCGAGACUGACAGUGACGAGGAUGGGAAUGAGCAGGGCGGAAGAGCAGACGAAAGGGUGGAAAGGAAGAAUCUGAGGGCAACAGGGGGCGCUGACCGCUUGGGAACGCAGAAAUGGAGCAAGGGAGGGAACGGGUGGGGGGGUGGGCAGGGGGAGGGGCCAGAGAAGAAGGGCGGGAAGCGGGGGGAGGAGGCGGGGAGGAGGAGCAGAGGCGCGGGGGAAGAGAGAGACGGGGGAGGGGGGGGAGGGGCAUUGCGCCAAUCGUGUGAUUGGGAGGGUUGGGGGAAGGGUGGGAGGGGAGGCAAAGGUGGGGGGAAAAGGGAGGAGGUGAGAGAGGAGGAGGAGAGGGGAAAGCGAGGAGGUGGGGGGGUGAGAAGGGAGAGAGGGAAGUGGGGGGGAGGAGGGGGUGCUUUGAGAAGAAGCAAUUCGUGGAGCAGUAAUCUGUCUGUUGAGACUGGGGACAAGGGGAGAAGGGCGGGAGAGAGGGGAGUGGGGGAAGGAAGGGGCGCGCAAGGUAAGGGAAGGUGGUGGGAUGGGGAGGACGAGGAGGGGCGAAUGGUGGAGAGAGGGCGAAAGGGGAGAAGGGAGGAUGGGAGGGGGAGGAGGAGGUAUGGGUCACUCAGCAGUCACUUGUCUUCGAGUGAGGACGAGGAGGAGGUGGGAGAGUCGUUUCCCCGAGCUCAGAAGAGGCGUGGGUGGUCUUAUAACGAGGACGAUGUUAUUGAGUCGAUUCCAAAGGGAGGGCGCAGGGACGGAAGGUACGGAUCCGGGAGGGGCACAAAGCAGCAGCCGAGGCAGGGGGACACGUGGCAGAAGCAGGAGGUGACACGUCAGGAGGAGCGGCGAGGAGGCAGGAGGCCGCAGCAGAGUCAACGCCAGCCGCAGCAGCAGCAGCAGCAGCAGCAGCAGCAGCAGAUGAAGCAAGGUGGUGAGAGAAGGGCAUAUGGAGAGGAACUGCAGGUCAGACGGUCGUAUGACUUCACCCAGGAGCACCAGCCGAAGCAGCAGGCUUUGGAGCCGACUCAGAAGGUGAGGGGCCGGCGGGCGGAGUGGGGAAGAGAGACGCCCCAGAUGAUGAUGAGUGACUCUGGCAGUGCUGUGGGGCCGUGGCCUAGAGACAGGGAGAGGGAGGGCGUCAGGGGUGAGAGGAAGGGAGGUGGGAGGGAGUGGGAGGAGGAGGAGGAGGAUGAUGAUGAGGAUGAAGAGGAGGAGAGGGAGGAGAAUGGGCUCGUGGGAGGGCGGAGAGGUAGGGGAAGGAGAAGUCGAGUCACUCAAACUGCUGCGGCUGCGGCUGCAGAUGCGGCUGCGGCUGCAGAUGCGGCUGCGGCUGCAGAUGCGGCUGCGGCUGCAGAUGCUGCGGCUGCGGCAGCAGUGGUGGCUGAGUUGCAGGGGCUGAGGCGACGACUGGCUGCGAUGGAGCAGCAGCAGGACAGCUACCAGGCAAUGGUGGAGGGUUUCAUGAGCGCCACCAGAACCACAAUGGACAGCCUUGAGCUGCGAAUGCUGUCACUCGAAGGCUCACUCUCUGCCUUAAAGUCCCUGCACCAGCAGCAGCAGAACCAGCAGCAGCAGAACCAGCUGCAGCAGCACGAGCAGCAGCAGCAACUGGCGUUUGCUGAAGCAGAAGCGGCGCAGCUGCAGCAGCAGCAGCAGAUCCAGCAGGCGUAUCACGAGCAGCAGCAGCAGCUGCAGCAGGCUAAGCAGUCGUACCUCGAGCAGCAGCAGCUGCAGCAGCAGCACCAGCAGCAGCUAGUGCUCAGAACCACGCGCACCACUCACAGCGCCGCUCCUUCCCCAGCAGCCGGCCCACUCCCAUGGCCCUCUGCCGGUCCCACCUCACCUCACCCCCUCUCCACCCCCCCCACCCUCCCCACUAUGCCCUCCCCUUUCCUGCCUGCUCGUAUCCGCACGACCAUCAAUAGUGAGAGCAGGGGUUUCUCAUCUGGCAGGAGGUUGUCACUACAGGGAGCGGGGAUUGGGGGGGGGAUUGGUAGCAAUGCAGGGAGGGUUGGUAACGGGGUUGCUGGUGGGUUCCUGCAGCCACAGCCGUACGUGGGUGGGUUUGGUGGGGCAGGGGGGGGGAUGAUUGGAGGAGGUGCAGGAGGAGGGGGGGAUGGUGAGAUGGCGUUUGUGCCUGUGGCGUCUGGUGUUGGGGCAGGACACGAAGCAGCUUAUAUGGAGGAUGAAUUUGCGGCAGCUGCGGCUGCGGCCGAAGCAGCAGCUCAAAUUCAAGGGCAGCAGCAGCAGCAGCAGCUUCUAAAGAGAACCGCUUCUCUGCAGCGUGCGCCUAACAACACCCUUGCAGGCACUGCCCGCACUCCCUCCUACUCCUCUGCUGCCUCGUCCCCUCGCUUGCCUCUCAAUACAAGCAUCAAUAACGAGCAGCAGCAGCAGUUGCUGUUACAGUGGCGAGCUAACCCUAAUCAGCCAAGUGACCAGAUAGAGCAGGCGAGCCUCCCCCAGGCCCAACCCGAGCAGCAGCAGCAACACAGGGACGAGCCUGGGCAGGGCACUGCAGCAGGUGGAGGAAGGGGAGCAAUAUCCUCAUCAGCAGCAGCAGCAGGAGGAGGAGCAGGAGGAGCAGCGUCAGCGUCAGCAGCAGCAGCAGGAGGAGAGCCCCUGGAGCCACUAAAGCGACACGUGGCACCAGGAAAUUGGUCGUGGGCGGUGGCUCUAGACGAGCUCAAGGCUGGGGGGUUCGAGGGUGCUUAUAAGGAGGUGCUGAAGGCUGCUGACGCGGGCGCUAUGGUGCGGCUGAUGGGGCGAACGGGGCCUGUGCUGGGGCACCUGGCGCCAGAGACUGGAGCGGAGGUUAUUAGACGAAUGGUGGAGCUGCUUAUAAGGGGGACGUCGGUGGAGUACCUUCUGCCAUGGGUCCGACAGCUCCUGGACAUAGUGACGGACGAGUCUUCCCUCCCCUAUGGCGCGGAGGGCCCAGCAGUGGACGGGCACUUGAAGCAGCACGUGCUAGCAGCGCUGCAGCAGGUGGUGAGCGGCGAUGGGGGAAGCUGGGUGGGGCGCUCUGCAGGGGACUACCGCAGACAGCUGGCUGACGCCUGGGGGAUGUGAGGAGAGGAAGUAGGGAUGUGAGGUUCGGUGGUGAGGUGAGGGGAUGUGCAGGGAGAUACAGUGGGGCGAUGGGGGCAGCUGGGUGGAGCGGUCGGCAGGGGAUUACCGCAGGCUGAUGCCUGGGGGAUGUGAGGAGAAGUAUGCUCAUAAGGUGUGGAAAGUGUACCCUUGGAGGAAGGGGACUUCACCUGCAGUUGAACUGGUGUUUAUGCUUGGUUUCACCAUCUGUGUGGCACUGCUUGAUUUGCUAGGUGGUGUAGUGUAGUGUCUGCUUUUGUUUGGAUUGCGUGCGACUUUCCAUUGGUAGUCUGUUUAUGUAUAGCCGGAUUUUGUAGUGUGCAUAUCAA